ACGGAGCGAGGGCUCGGGGGAAGGCUUUAGAAAUUUGGUGUGCAGGAACAUGUCUCAGUCUGGUGAAAAAGUAAAGUUUUCCGACUCUGCAGGAUAUGUGGGUUUUGCCAAUCUCCCCAACCAAGUCCACCGGAAGUCUGUCAAGAAAGGGUUCGAGUUCACCCUCAUGGUUGUUGGCGAAUCUGGUUUGGGCAAAUCCACUUUAAUUAACAGUUUAUUCCUGACGGAUCUGUAUCCUGAACGUUACAUUCCUGGAGCUGCAGAAAAGAUUGAAAGAACGGUCCAGAUUGAAGCUUCGACUGUCGAAAUCGAAGAGCGAGGCGUGAAGCUCCGGUUGACCGUAGUGGAUACUCCUGGAUAUGGAGAUGCCAUAAACAGCCAAAACUGUUUCAGGACCAUCAUCCAGUACAUCGACAAUCAAUUUGAAAGAUACCUUCAUGAUGAGAGCGGCUUGAAUAGACGCCACAUUGUAGACAACCGAGUCCAUUGCUGCUUUUAUUUCAUUUCCCCUUUUGGACACGGACUGAAGCCCUUGGAUGUGGAAUUCAUGAAGGCCCUUCAUGGAAAAGUGAAUAUUGUCCCUGUGAUAGCUAAGGCAGACACUUUAACUUUGAAAGAGAGGGAACGACUGAAGAGAAGGGUGUUAGAUGAAAUAUCUGAGCACGGCAUCCGGAUUUACCAGCUGCCUGAUGCGGAUUCUGACGAGGAUGAAGAGUUCAAAGAACAGACCCGUGUUCUGAAGGCUAGUGUUCCUUUUGCUGUGAUCGGGUCCAACCAGCUGAUUGAAGUGAAAGGAAAAAAGAUCAGAGGUCGCCUUUACCCCUGGGGGGUGGUAGAGGUGGAAAACCCUGAACACAACGAUUUCCUCAAGCUACGCACAAUGCUGGUGACACACAUGCAGGAUCUCCAAGAAGUAACUCAGGAUUUGCACUACGAAAACUUCCGGUCAGAGAGAUUAAAGAGGACCGGCAAGCCAGUGGAAGAAGAAGUUAUGGACAAAGAUAGGAUCCUUCAGCAGAAGGAGGCCGAGUUGCGUCGUAUGCAGGAGAUGAUAGCCCAGAUGCAAGCCCAGAUGAGGAUGAAACCUGGGGAUGAAUGAGAAGGAGUCCUGAGCCUUUGAUGUGGUCACUUGAUGGUCUUAAGAAAAAGGGGCCAUGCUUUAAUUGAAUUUGAAUGACGACACUAAUGGAUUUGAAUGGUUCAUGCCCUUGGACCCAGGUCUGGAAUAUGACCCAGUGCAGCUAAAAGCCUUGGAGUUCAUAUUGGAAAACGUACCCUUCUAUCCAUGUGUAACCUUGCUUAUGUCUUCUUUCAUGUCUUCAUAUGCAUGAAUAUAUCAUAACAAUGUGGAACCUAUUUUUCUUCUCCUUUCUGCCCCUCGAUGUGUCUCUUGAAUUUUUUUUUUUUUUUGAAAUCCCAAGUUAACAAGCCACGUUGUACGUACUAGCCUUUAGAAGCAGGAUUUAUUCCUUUUUCUCCUUCUUCUCUUUUGCCAAGUUGGUUCUUGAUACUUUUCUACUUUUGUUCCCUAAGCAAAUCCCUGAAUCUUGACUAUAAAUGUGCCCUAUCAGAACUAUAUUUUAGUUAGACUUGCAAAACUCUUCUGCACCUUGUGAGUUUAUAGCAUUCUUCUCUCUGCUUUGUAGGUCUUAUUGGGAUCAAAUUCUUCCUCUCUGGUGCUCCCUUUAAAAAAAAAACAACGGUACAGAACAGUAAAGCUUUAUCAUGUCAGCGAUGUGAAACGUUUGGACAGUUUCACCCACCAUGCCUUAAAAAUCAUGGGUAUAAUAUUACAGGCCGUACUUUCUCGGAGGCUUCCGAAAAGAUCUGUCAUGGCUUUUCAGGAAUUAGGUUCUAGCCACAUUUUCUAUCAAGUGUAAGUCUCGCUCAGUUGAGAGAACAAUGGUAUAAAUGCUCAAAGAUUUUAUAUGCAUCAUGACACUAAUUUUCCUGACAGUUUUUGUAAUAAAUGGAAACAACGUGAGAAAA